UUCAUCUCGGCAAUCAUGGCGGCGCCCAUGUGCUGCACGGCCGGUGAUCUGGACAAAUUUCGAGUGGCGUCGCUUCCCGACAGCGUAUACUACGUCCCAAACUUCAUCACGGAAUUUGAAGAGAAGUCCCUCUACGACAAAGUCUACGAUGCACCUAAGCCCAAGUGGGUCCAGCUCGCUCACAGGCGACUCCAGAACUGGGGUGGACUGCCCCAUCCCAAAGGCAUGGUCCCGGAAGCUCUGCCGCAAUGGCUGAAGGACAUAUCCGCCAAAGUUGCUAGCCUGGGAGUGUUUGGCGAGAAAUUGCCCAAUCAUGUCCUCGUCAACGAGUACAAGCCUGGCGAGGGAAUCCUGCCUCAUGAAGACGGCCCACUGUACUACCCGGUCGUGACCAACAUCACCUUGAAUUCGAGCACCGUCAUCGACUUCUACAAGCCGCGGAAGAGCAUAACCUGCGAGGUCGCGGAGGGCGCUGAGAAUUCCCACAUAGGGUCGCUUCUGCUGGAGCGGCGGAGCCUGUUGAUAACGAGCGGCACCAUGUACACCGACUACCUCCACGGCAUCGAUGCCAGGACCGAAGACGUCGUCGACGACUCCAUAAAGAACCUCGACGCCUGCUCUGUCAAACGAGGCACGGUGCUUGAAAGGGGGACCAGGGUUUCCCUCACCAUAAGGGUCGUUCCGAAAGUACUACGGGCAAAUGUGCUCCAGGCACUGUUCAAAAGGUGAACCAAGUGGGAGGCACUCGAAAUGUGUUUGUUUCGCAAUGCCGGCUUCCGUUUCGUCGAGGCAGUCAAGUCGGAACGGCUCUGCACUGAAACGAAAAGUGUUGGCUCACCAACAUGCUUUCAAUCCACAGGGUAUUUGAGGGUUGUUUACUUGCCCCGUUGCCACUUUUGAGGUGUGUACCUCGAAAGCUCGCAUCGGCCAGCGCGGCAGGCAAGCAAGACUGUUUUUCUUUGUAAUAAAAGCAACGUCUG